AUGCGCUUUCAAGCUCUCCCCGUUCUCGCCACCAUGCUUGCAAUUCCUAACCUUGCCUUUGGUGCGCCAAAGUGUCUAGACGGUAACGGUGUCUGGAGGAGUGAAGCUGCGAGAAGUGCAGCUGCGCACGGAAUCGACAAAUGGUGCAAUAAUAUUGCCCCUUCCAAGUUCGCAGGUAAACAAGAGGUGCACGAGUGUCUCGAGGUCGAUUAUGAACCGAUCAAUGUCAAUUUGUGGAUGUUCAACACCAAUGACGGUGAUGCGAUCCUUACCAUUGACAACUGCAAGAAGCUACUCAAGAAGAUCGUGGACAGUUGCUCUUCUGGCGGCUCUGAUACCACUUUGGCUGGUUGGGGUCCAACCGCUUACCCGGCUAAUCACUGCUACGCCUAG